AGUCUAACAGAGCAGUUAGUUGUAUGUAACUGAGGAGGUGAUUUGUGCUAGAUCUGUCUGUGUGUGGAAGAAGUCUAGAUAACUCCCUGGUACUGUCUCAGUAGUUGAAACUCACACAGAUGUUCACACUGCUUCUGCCCUUAUUGUCCAUACCAGCUGCCUGGGCAGCCUCUGAUGGUAAGACAAUGCACUUGUUCUAUUAACCAUUGAAUAGUUAGUAGGAAGUCAGUUUGGAUGGCUCUCUUUGAAUGAGCACUUGUUUAGACAUUUACUUUUAAUUAUUAUGGGUCUGUGAGAUUAUAAGUAGCCUACUUUGAUAAUUUUAUUUAUUUAAUGUUGGUAUUGCUGAAUAUCUUGUCUGUAGUGGACUUGUUGAGCGUUGCAGUCAUCUUUGGAUGUCCAAUCACGCACAGCCAGCCAAACUAAUAGGAGCAAAUUGUGUGGGGUUUUUUUUUUUUUUUUGUGUGUGUGUUUUGCUUCUCUCAUUUUACUUGUUGUUACAUGUGACACUCAUGGCUGCAAAGAUUGCCCUUUAAAGUAAUCUAUAGACUGUAUGUUUGUGCGUUAUCAGAUAAUCUAGAUUUAUGAUCAAGGUUCAUUAAAUGAUAAAACUAUGCCACUAGUUCCAAUCUGCUAGCCUGCCUUUCUAAUAGCAUUACACAUACAUUAAUUUAAUAAAACCCAGAUAAAUAGUGUCCCGGGAUGUUUUUGUUAAAACUCCCAAUAUUUGCUUUUGUAAAGAUUGUCUGAUGUAUUACUGUAAAUCUUCAGGCUCUAAAUUUUCUUGAUUUUUGUCUUUGCAGAUUACCAUUGGGCAUAUUCUGGUAAGUGUUAACGAUCACCUGUAUGGUGUUUUUUUUAUCAUUUUGUAGCAGAAUGGUUUUGUGUUGUAGACAUUUAUUUUUUACCUUGUUUCCUUAUCUCUAUACUACAUAAUGGGAAUUAACUGGCAGAAAUUCUAAAAGGAACACCAUGGUGUCCAGAAUGCAAACCUGUAUUCCUAACACUACAGUGCUGAUGUGGCUGUUAAGGUGCCCCUCUUUAGAUCACUUGAGAGGUGAUUUUUUUUUUAUUCCCCUUUUUUCCCAUGGCACGCCGUUUUGCUGUGGCUUGUUCCGCCUCCAUGGUUAAGAUAAUCGCAUUGAGAGGCUCUUGCGCAUCCACAGUAAAAAGCCACUCUUUGCCAAUCAGCAUCUCCUCAUAGAGCUGCAUUGAAUCAAUGAAUCUCUAUGGGGAACUUUCAGCAACUUCAUGCAGAUCGUGGAGAUUCUAUACGCCUGUGCAGCAAUGAUACAGGAGGCACCUCUAGUGGCUGUCUGAGUGACUGCAACUAGAGGAGUUUCUAGGCUGCAAUGUAACACUACCUAUUAUUAUUAUUUUUUUUUUAUUUAUUUUUUUAGACUUUUCUUUGUAAAUAUCUUGUAUUAAAAUGAUAUUGUAAUGCUAACCAUCCUAGCAUAAUUCAUCUAAGGAACCUGAGUUGGUAUUUAAUUACCCCCACUCUGAAAGUGAAGCUAAUUAUUUUAGAGGAACCCAUGGGGGUCCUGUCACUGUAAUUGGGGUACAACCCCUUGCUUCGUGCCAAUGCAAAAAAGUAGACUGGGUUGAUCCACCUCACGGUGUCUGGACCAAAAAUAAAUGUUGCUAUAGCUGUUGAACAUAUGCAUCCCACUUACUCAAUCAAAGUUCUUACUGUGCGUUACACCAUCACUCGCACAGAACCUGGUAGCACUCAAACAGCAUUUUAGAAAUCACCUGCUUUUUGCAUGCAGCAGUAUGUGUCUUAAUUCCCUGUUAAUUGUCUGUUUUAAUUCCCAAUCUGGAUUUUCUCAUGCUCUUCAGGGUUGUCGUUAACACGGGGCAGCUGCCCCGGGCCCAGUUACUCCUGGGUGGCCUGAAGCAGCUGCACCGUGAGCCCUGCUGGCCUCAACUUUUUCUCACUCCCCUGGCCGGUAAUCCACACACAAAGGAGGCCCACCGGAUGGCCCAUGCACAAAGGGCCAUCUGUUGGGCUUCUAUCAGCAGGGGCCCGGUCUCGCGCUGAGGCGCUUUAACAGCGCGGCCGGGCCCCUUGCUUUUCGGCAGCCGGCUGGGAGGAAGUGACAGCCGCACAUCACUUCCUCCUGCAAAGAGAGGAGCGGGAGAGAAGAGUAGGCAGAGUGUAGGGGGGCUGACCGAGAGACCCAGACCCCAACUCCCAACACCUUUAGCCACCAGCAGGAAAGGUAGGAAACUGGAGGGUGGGUUUUAAAGUGUAAAUGUUGUCAGUGUGUCUAUACAUCUCAGCAUUCACACUCGAACACUACACACAAAUACACCUCUGCAUUCAAACUUCAACACUAUGUACAAACACAUGUCUGUGUUACACACCAAAAAUAUAUGUAAAUACACCCCUGCAUUUAAAAAAAAAAAAAAAACACGCUUGCAAUCACACCACAUACAAACAUAUUCCAUACAAAACCCUGUUUACAUUCAAACACACAAACUGCCUAGUGCUAAAUACAGACCUGCAAACAUGGGUAAAUGGUAGAGCCCAAGCUGUCAAUUCAUUUCUGGAGUUGCAUGACAGAUGGGGAUAUACCUUUUAAUCACCCGUGCGACAGGGAGGCCCCAAAAAAUUCUUGCACCUCUCUACUUUAGGUCCGCCACUGUGUUGGGGUGGAGGACGUGAUUGCACGCCUGAAGAGGGGGGACAGGGUCCAGGGGGCCCAAGCAAAUGCUUUGCACAGGGUCCAGUCAAUAUUAAAGACGGCCCUGAUGAUCCGAUUUCUUCCUCUGUUCAGUGGAGGUUUAAAAGAUAUGCUGUUCAGCAUGAGCUCCGUACAUCAGAUCUGAUGAGUGAACUUGCUGGAUAGGUUGAUAACUGCUGUAAUGUUCUGUUACAUUGCUGACUGCUCCACUCAGAAUGUAAAUGGACUCUGCAGCGUUUGUCCAAGACCCCGACUAGAUGUAUACAGCUACCGUUGUACCUCUAGAAUAGAACCGGUCAGGUGGGAAAUAGAACGUCAUGUGUAUUUUAUAAAAAUGAAUGUACAGGGAGAAGAGUAAGUCUAUUUUUCCUUUUUGGGUGGGAGGGGGGAGGGGGAAGGGGGGUAGCAGAUAUUGCUGCAGCAUUGUCUGCUUUAGAACAAGAAACACACUUUGGUUUGCAGAACUGUCACGUGCAACUUAUGUAGAACCUGGGCAGGCUUUGUACAUCUGCUUAAACCUUGAACUGUCUGUGCAGGCUUGUUUUGCUUUUCAUUGUAGAUGUCUGGAGGAUAAAUAGUGAUAGAAACCUAGAAUGUGACGGCAGAUAAGAACCAUUCGGCCCAUCUAGUUUGCCCAAUUUUCUAAAUACUUUCAUUAGUCCCUGCCCUUAUCUUAUAGUUAGGAUAGCCUUAUGCCUAUCCCAUGCAUGCUUAAACUCCUUUACUGUGUUAACCUCUACCACUUCAGCUGGAAGGCUAUUCCAUGCAUCCACUACCCUCUCAGUAAAAUAAUAAUUCAUGAAAUAAUUAUUAAACCUUUGCCCCUCUAAUUUUAUUACUGUGAUGUAACACAGGGUAGGGGAGCAGUACAAGAAGAUACUACUCCAUAAACCUUUAAAUGGGCUAUGGUUUAUUAUAGUGCCUAUUAUCCCUUUUAAUUGACUGUAACUUGGUUUAAACAUUAUAACAUUAACCUCAAUGUACAGACUGCCAUAAAAUGUACCAAUAUGUUAUGUAUUAAAUGACUCAUACAAACCUCUGACUAUAUCUUUUGUGUGUAGAGUAUUGUAGUUAAGCAAAAGAACCUUGUGCCCAAGAAGAUUUUGGAGUAUAACAUAAAAGGGAACUGUAACUUCCCAGUAAUUUUUUAUAUAUUUACUUCUGUAUCUCACCAGUUAAAGUUUUGAAUUCCGCACCCCAGUUCUGCAGUCGGGCACCUGUCCGUCAUUGUUAUAAGCUCUCUCUCCUUCUCAUCAGAAAAGGGAACCUAUGCAGAGAUAGAGGAAUAAAACGUGGUGCAAAUAUGGAAAAAUGGGCGGGAUCAUUGUGCAAUGUUCCCACUGGUUUCCAUAGUGACUGCCCGAUUUUCGGACUUCAGACUACUUUUUAUACAUAGGCCCCGUUGCUUCUGUUUGCCCUGAUCUUUUCUUGUCUGAAAUGGCUUCUGAUGUUUGGAACUUUUAAAGAAACACUAGUUAUCAAAACAACUUUAGCUUCAUAAAGCGGUUUUGGUGUAUAGAUCAUGCCCCUGCAGUCUCACUUCUCAAUUCUCUGCCUUUUAGGAGUUAAAUCACUUAGUUCAGCCCUAGUCACAACUCUCUGCAUGUGACUUACCCAGCCUUCCUAAAAACUUCCUGUUUAAUGUUUAUUGCAAAUUCUGUUUAACUUAGAAUUUCUUAUCUCCUGCUUCAAAGACGGAUAUGCUGGUAUUUCACACAAAUGACUAUUGUGGGCAUGGUACCACAGUACCUGUGUUGGAGGGUGUGACAAACUAUAACGUAACAUAGUUAAUGAUAUUGUGAAUCUGAUUUAGGUCUGUUAAUGGAUUAUUAUAGCAAGGAGGUGACUGAAGUGAUGCAUUGGAUAUAAUAUAACAAAUGCCAAAAUAAAGCCCAUCGAAACUGAGUUUAUACCUCAUCUUACAGGCAUUUGGAACGGACAUGUUGUUGUUUAAGUAGAUAUUUAUUUUUAUACUGGCUCUAGGCCACUGAAACCUCUGUUUUUAAAACGGCGAUGAGGGGGAGCUAUAUGUUUAACUAUGAGGUUUGUAAGGUAUACAUACACUCCUUCAGCUAAAAUUGUUUUAAAUAUACUGCACAAAAUCUAGACCAGUCAUGAAGUGUUUUGAUGAAUCCAACUAUAGAACUUCCAAAAAAAAAGUAAGUUAAAGUCUUGGAAUAAGUCUAGCAACCUAGCGUAAAAUAAACAUGCUGUAUAGUUUGUGUAUAUAAAGUGUCUUGGGGUUUUUUUUUUUUGUUUUUUUUUUGUGUGUGUGUGUAUUUAAAAUUAACAUAUCGACCUGAAAUCUAUAUGCUGUGCAACUCUUCAGUAAUUGGGUGGUUUGUUGCAUUAGUGCUGGUCGCGAAGAUUGCCCUUUACCUGCCACAUUAGGAGCCAUAUUAAAUUGUUACUUUCCAUAUCUAUUAUCCACAAAAGUGUGAACUGUUUGAAGUUUGAUUCUGGCUAAUUUUGAAUUCCAAAUUUUCAGUCAAUCUGUUUCUCCCCCACCUACACACAUGCAGUAAAAACUUAAUGCUCUUGAAAUUGGGUGACAUACAUAGGAACAGAUUAGAGAUUUUAAAAAGUGAUGAUUUCCCCCCCCCGUAUUUCUGUAAAUUAAAAGCUAUAGAGAGCUGGGGUCAUUUUUGAUGAAUAGAAUUUCAGAAAGCACAUUUUAGAUUGUGGGACCUUUCGAUGUGCAAUGAAACCAGUCUGGGAGAAAGCUACUUGACUCCCAUUAUACCUCCACCUUUUUUAUAGUCGAUCCAGUCAUUACCGGCGUUCACAGAGCGGAACCUGUAAGGUAACAUACUACCUGCAGACACAGUGUAACUUGCACACGGUCAUUACUGGCAGUGACUGCUGGUUGGAUAAAUCACUCGUACCAGGCAUUCUUUUGGAGAAUGAAGAAGGAAUAUAGCUCACGAAAACAUGCAGGCAAGGUGGGGGAGAUGUUUUAGCUGCUAGGACCACCAUAAAAUUGGAAAUCUAAAACAAAUAACCACCAGCCAAAAAUAAAAUUGCUAAAUAUGAAAAAUACUAAACUGGUGGCAGCUUCCCCUGGUUAAGUCUGGAAACAUUUGGCCACUGACACAAUUUUCAUAAUUCCACCACAAUGGAUUUGAAAUGAAACGGAUGCAAUUGAAGUGCAGAAUUUCAGCUUUAAUUUAAGGGGGUUGAACAAAAAUAUCGUUUGAAAUGUCUAGGAAUUGCAACCAUUUUUAUACAGUCCCCUUAUUUCAGGGGCUCAAACGUAAUUGGACAAAUUAACACAAUCCUAACUAAAAUGUUGCAGGCCAUGAUUGAAGUCUGGAACGCAUGGACAUCCACCAAAUGCUUGGUUUCCUCCUUUGUAAAGAUUUUUACUGUAGCCGUCUUCAGUUGUUUGUGGGUCUUUGAGUAAAGUUUUGUCUUCAGCAAGUGAAAUGCAUGCUCGAUCAGGUCAUUGACUCGCCGAAUGGAAGCCACAAAUGCCUUCGCACUGCUUCAACAGUGUUUUAUAUAUUAUGUGGUAUGCUUCGGAUCAUGACCUGUCACAAGCCAUUUUUUAAUUUAUUUUUUUCCCCCUCUUCAUUCUAGUACAAGUUGAUCUUGGUUUUAUCUGUCCAAAGAAUACUUUUUCAGAACUGGGUUGACUUUAGAUGGUGUGGUUUUGUUUUUGUUUUUUUUGUAAAGUCUAAUCUGGCCUUUCUAUUUUUGAAGAUUACGAAUGGUUUACGAACCCUCUGUAUUAACUCUCGUCAAGUUUUCUUUGUAGUAGACUUGGAUAAUACUAUGCCUACCUCUUGGAGAGUGUUGUUCACUUGGCUGGAUGUUGUGAAGGGGUUUUUCUUUUUACAUGGAUGUCCAGGUGUUUGUGUUGCAGAGCUCCCCAGUGUGGUUUGGGGUUGUUUUGUGUUUAUAUUUUGUGUGUGUGUGUGUGUGUGUGUGUGUAUGUGUGUGUGUAUAUAUAUAUAUAUAUAUUAUUAUUAUUUUAUUUUUUAUUUUAUUUUUUUCCUGUACCAAACUGUUAAUUUGGCCACUAUUAAUGUUCCUGCUAUCUUUCUCGAGUUUUAUUUAUUUGCAACCUAAGGAUGGUCAGUUUCUCUUGUAUUAAGAGCUUCUUUGACCGCAUGUUGGGGGUUCACAGCAACAGCUUCCAAAUGCAAAUUUCAUACCUGGAAUCAACUCCAGACCUUUUAUCUGAUUAAUUGAUGAAGAAAUAGCGCCCGAGGCUCUCUGUACCACUUUUAGCUUGUGAGUGAAACUGAGCUUGCUUGGGAUUUGUGCUAUUCGAACAGUAUUACACUAUUGUAUAUUUUCCUUUAGGUUAUUUAAAGCUAUAUCACCAUAUUUCUGGUUAUGUAACUGGAAUCGGCUGCAUGUAUUUCCCAUUUUACAUGUGCUCAUAUGCCAGCUGGAACACCCAACAGGAGGAAAUCGGGGUAAUAUAGGUCAUAUUUAUCAAUGCUGACAAGGUGCUAUUCAAGGUAAAGUUCGAAAUACGGUAGAUUUCAGAGCAGGACAGUAAGCUCUUUGUCAUCAGUCCUGAUCCCGCCUUCACAGGGACUUCGCUAGGAGAAAUUGCGAACAGAAACCUGAUUUAUUAGGUCAAGACACUUUAUAGUGAAAUAUUAUAUUAUAAAGGGAAGAAAGGGGUGUUAUUUAUUAGUGUUCUAUUCUAAAAUGUGGUAAAAAAUUUUUUUUUUAAAUGGAGACCUAAUGUAAUUUGACUAGUUUAAGUAUUUGUCCCACUUCCGGUACAUUAGACUAGAGGCAUACCAAGGUUACAUGGCACCUGCACUGGAAAUGUAUUUCAUUCCCCCCCCCCCCUCUUUCAAACUGUACAAUAAAUAUUUUGGGAUCUCAAUCGGUCCCAACUAACUUUUUGUUAGGAAAUUUCAACUUGCAUGUAUUAUAAAAAUUCACAUGCACACGAAAACACACACGCAGAGCCGACCUCUUCCGCAUGGCACCCCCACAAGCAAGGUCUCAAUAGGAAAGUGCUAACUCUGGGGGACGGGUGGGAUCUAUGCUGUGUACCACACUGCCACUUGUCCCCAUGGGUGGACCUCCCUGCCCACACUCAGUAUGUCACUGCCUUUAGACCAGUUUUCAUCAUUGAACAUUUCAUAAUUUUCCAAUGUCUGGCGCAACUUUCUGAUCCACAAAUCAACAAUUUUAAACCCCUUUUUAGUGAGGGGAGACCUAAGGUACAAAAACCUGUCCACACAUUUUAAUGAAUUCUUUUUAAAUCCUAGGUGAAAAUGGUGAGACUUCAUGGCCAACAAAAUAUGGGUUCUGUGGAGGAGUCCAUCAGUCUCCCCUAGAUUUCCACCAUAGUAUUCUGCAGUAUGACUCUACCUUGUAUCCCAUCAGAUUGCAAGGAUACAACGUCUCCACCACAGACUACUUCACGUUGUCUAAUAAUGGACAUACAGGUGAGUCUUGCAGAAAACAAUGGACUCUGAAUUAGUUCCUGCACAGAUUCACUUCAAUGAAUGUCUUUCCUACCCAGUUUCUAUGUCUCUGCUGCCAACAAUGUCCAUUGAAAUUCCACCUUUCACGUACAUUGCCUCAAGUCUUCAUUUCCACUGGGGCAAUCUGGCACACCCUAAAGGAUCAGAACACUGUAUCGGAGGCAAGAGGUUUGCAGCAGAGGUACUGUUUUUUUGUUUAAAUCUAACUUUGUAUAAAAAAAAUAAAUUUUUUGUUUACUUUUAUUUAAUUAUUAUUAUUAUUAUUUUUUUUUAAGGUUUUUAUACUAAAAUGUUAAAAUCCAGACCAAUGUUUACUAUAUGAGAGCAAUUAUUGGAGACAUGGAUUUUUUUUUUGUUCCACCUCCCAAAGACCAAUAUAUUUGUGUGAUAUGCCUGCAUAAACAAAAAAAAUAAAGUGCGCUGUGUCUUAAGAGUAAAAUAAAUACGUUAUGGUAAAAGUAUAUUUCACAUAAAACAACUGGUGUGACCGUAUAUUUGUACCAAAAGUGCAAUUUUUAUUAAGACCACAAAAACAAUGCAAACUCCUUAUGCUAUAAUACUCACUGGGGUGUAUUCAACUUUGCUUGUCACUGGGUUCCAAAUAGAUAUUUCAAAAGAAGAAAAAAGGACAAACACACAGGGCAAUAUGUACUGUAUAAAAGGAAUAAAUAAAAUGAACCAAAGCACUCACAAAUGUAGAACAGUAAAGUCUGCUCUGAACGUUAAUGGCAUCCUUUGUAAAUAUGAAGAGUUCAGGCUGUGGUGAAGGUAGACAAACUUUAUUCACAAUUGGAUCAAAACUGCUUCCAGGUAGGUAAAUCCCCUUUCUUGUAUUGUCUCUCCUCCAAUGAGUGAGUGAACCAGUCUGUGUCAAAUGCCGGCUUCACAAGACCCCAAGAACUGGAUAUGUUACUUCUGGAAGGCGGGGCUUAUGGCCAGCGAGCGCGAUGACAUCAGAACGUGACGCGUUUCGCCAAUACACUCGACUUCAUCAGAUCAGAAAACUAUACACCAAAACUGCUUCAUUAAGCUAAGUUGUUUUGGUGACAGUGUCCCUUUAAUGAUUUAAAGGGACACUAUAGUCACCAGAACAAAUUAAACUUAUUGUAGUUGUUCUGGUGUCAGUACCAUGUCAUAAGUGGUGAUCUCAGCCAAUCAUAAUGGAAAAGCAUUGGAAUGGCUGAAUAUUCCAUAGAAAAGCAUUGGAAUGGCUGAAUAUUCCAUAGAAAAGCAUUGGAAUGGCUGAAAUGGUCAAUUCUGAUCUUGGCCAAAGAGGGCCGAUCUGGGAUGGAGCCAGCUCCGGCGGAUCCACUAGGAGCUGGAUAUAAGGUAAGAUUUUGCUAUAUUUAGGGGGAUCAGGGGGACUAGAUAGUGCUUUUAACAAUAUAGAAAUAAGUUUGUAUUCCUGACACUAUAGUGAUCCUUGAUUCUGAUUUGGACUGAAACGCUGGUCCUUUUUUGUUUAAUUGCAUAAAAAAAAAAAGUGAAAACUGAUGGGUUUUAAAGGUAUGUGAAAGGCAACAACUAAAUGUACCAAUUUAGGGGGGGGAAAUGAUUGCAUCUAAAUUUGGCAAGGAAUACACUACUAAUAAUCAACUUCGAUAAAUAAGUCUGUAGAUCGGAAUUUGAUAUUGUGAUCAUCAAGAUUUGGCAUACUGAGCAACAAUACCUUCCUGGUUAUGAGAAAACCGAAAGCAAUUUGCAUAAAGACUGAUACCUUGAGACAAGAUAAGAGUUGCCCCAGGUAGUUGGAGGGUUUGAAACCAGCCUGAACCAACAAUUCCAGAAUGACUCUUUAACAUUUCCUCUCUAAGACAGACCUCUUGUAAACGAGUGCCUUUCAUCACAAUAGUGGCAAUACUGCGUGGAUAUAGAAUAGCCGAAGGCAGGGGUGUACCUAGAGCCUUUGCCACCUGGGGCAGAUCCUGUAUUUGUCACUUUCUAACUUUAGAAUAAAAAAAAAAAAAAACACCCAGUUUCAUUUGUUUUGUGUUUUUAAGAAUAUAUUUUGCACAAUUUUGUGUACUGUAUGUGUCACCUCAAAACCCUGUUAGACUACAAAUGAGUCUAAUGGGGCCUGAAGAGGGGUCUCCAACUCUCUGGCUCCCAUUCACAAUAUCAUGCUAAAACCUAGACAUCUAAUGCCCAGUCCAAGGUGGCGGCUCUUCUCCCCUUGAUUACUCUGGCUGGCAUGCCUUUCUCUCCCUCCAGCAAGCAUGUGUGGGGUUAUAUAUAUUUUUUUUUCUUCUCCCCAAACCCCUUUGUGUGUCCCUUCUCCUUUGUAUCUUCUCUUCUCUUCCGUCCCCCCCCCAGCCCCUUUGUGAAUCUUUCUCCCCAAACACCUGUCUCUGUUCCCACUCAGACCCUCUGUGUAAUUUUGUCUUCUCCUUUGCCAUUCUUUGUCUCCCUUCCCCUGUGAGAAGGGGGCUCCAGGAGAAUGUACAGGAUCACCUAGACCCAUAUGGCACAAUGGUUUUUACACCCAACUUCAGGCCUUGUAAUCUGGUUGAUUUAUAUAAAAUGCAGAAGGUGUUUUGAUUUUUUAACAUUCUCCAAUAUAUCCAUUAUUCACACUGCUACACUAUAACCCUUCCCUUCCAGGUGCAUGUUGUGCAUUAUAACUCUAAGUAUGCGGAUGUUGCUACUGCAAUGAAUGCUGCUGAUGGGCUGGCUGUACUGGGGAUCCUCCUAGAGGUAAGAUCAUUUGUCUCAUGGUACGUAGAACCCAACACUCUGGCUUUUUGAAUGGAUGCUAACCUGUAUGCCUAGAUGAGUUGCGGGUUUGUGAGAGAAUUAUAGAUGCAUAUUAAUUCUUCAUUUACUUGGUGCAAAUGUUUGGUGUGUGUGUGUGUUUGUUUUUUUAAAUAUUUUUUGGGUGAGGGGGGUUUUAUUUCAAAAUUUUUUUUAUAAAAAUAAAAUGUAGAAACCAUAAAAAAAAAAAAAAAGUGGUGGUUAAUUUUUAAAUUAUUUUUUUUUUUUUUUUAACUUUCCUCCAGGUUGGUUCGUUUCAUUCAUCCUAUGACGGAAUCUUGACUCGACUAGUCAAUGUCAAAUACAAAGGUGACCUCCAGUGCUAGAGUACCAUGGGUGUAUCGAACGAACAAGCUUCAGAUUAGAUCAGAAGUUGCACACUUGUAAUCCGCAAUACUUUGUGAAUAAUCUAUUGAACAUGCGUUCUCUAGAAUAGUCAGAAAAUAUAAUGAAUACAAAAUGAGGGCACAAUUUUAAAAGGGACAGGUGGAAAAUCGUGAUGUGGUAGUGUUAUACAAGAAUAAUGGUAUUUGGUAAAAAUAUUAAGGUGGCAUUGCCAUCACUAUUACAGUAUACAGACUAUCGUCAUUUGAAUCUUUAGAUUUAUCAGGAAAACACAAUUUUUAAGCUAUUUUUGAGUAUUUCAUGGACAGUUCUCCACUAAUGAGAACUUGUGGGUCUGGAAAAUGGUGUGAGUGCAGAAUGUAUUGCUAAAUUUGUUACUUAUUUUUAGUGCAAAGAAAAGAUGUUCUUAUCUUCUACCUAUCCAUGAUUUUUCUGAUUCAGGUCAGAAUGCUCUAAUUCCUGGAUUUAAUCUGCAAACGUUGCUGCCUACAAGGCUGGAUGAGUUCUAUCGUUAUGAGGGAUCUCUCACCACCCCACCCUGUAAUCCCAGUGUUUUAUGGACAGUCUUUAGAAAUCCAGUGUUCAUUUCUUUAGAACAGGUGAGUAUAAGGAUUUUCUUUGGUACUGUGUGUCUCACGCUUGUAUUGUCUUAAAAGGGACACUUACCUACCCAAAUGCAAACUAUAUAAAAAAAAAAUUAUGCUUGGUAGAUCUACUCAAAUUAACACGUUUUGCACAUUUAUUUUUUGCUGAGGGUAUAUCAAACUUGUGAAAGCUAUAUGUGUCUGCAGCCUUUGCAAGCCAUCCCCUUCUAACCCCGCCCAGACUUUCUGUGGCUGUUCAAUCACAGACUUCCCAUUGCAGCUUAAUGAGAAGUCUUUGCAAGGCAGGUGCUCUGGGCAAUUGCUGCCUCUUGAGUUUACCUCCCUCUUGUGUUGAGCUACACAACCAGAAAGUAACAGGCCUUGGGUGUAACAAGGUUAAUUUAUGAAAGUGUACCUUUUGUAGAAGGUGGGGGGGGGGAAACGACACUCUUCAGACAGCACAGGAGCAAUGUAAAUUGCUUUAGGGGUGUGGUGUCCCUUUUUAAUAUCCUCUUGUUAAUUACGGCACAGUAUGUGGUAUGAAAAUGAUCAGAUCAGAUCGCUGUUUAGUUCCUUGUCUUGCUUACAGCUGCAAUCCUUGGAGACUGCGCUAUACUGCACCGAUGGCAACAGCACUGUAACUGAGGAAAUGAUAAAUAAUUAUCGCCAGCUACAAAAUAAAGGAGACCGGAUUGUGUCCGUAUCUUUUCGGGAAGGUGAGUAAUGUGCUAUACAACAAAGCAUCCUCAUCUGGGGAAUAGUCCCAAUGCAGGGUUUUUUUUUUUUUUUGCAUUUUUUAAUCUGGCUGUCCAUCACAAGUGACCAGGGGGGUGUAUUAGAGAGGUUACUAAAUAUAUGCUCCUUCUGAUGGGACAUUUGCUGUUAAUGUAUUGUCCUGGGGUUUGUAAUGUACUUCUUUUCAUUGUGUCCUACAGGUGUAGUUUUAGCUGUGGCAUUGGCCUCGGUCCUCGGUGUAGUGGUGAUUACCGGAGUGACUUGCUAUCUGUGUAAUCGUAAAAGACGGUAAGACAUGAACAAAGACCUGGGAACCAUCAGGCUAAAAGAUCUUAUUAUUCAAUCUAUGACUUUUUGCUAUCUAGCCAUUUUAUAAAAUACAUUUCAUUAUUCUGAAUAUCAUUCAAUGUGCUAUAUUAACUAGACUUGGGAUAUUGUCAAUGCGUUUUUUCCUUAUUGGUAAAGCUGGAUGUGUCAAAUCAACCAUAACUUUCUCCAGAAGAUUACACUUCAAACUACAUUCGCAAUGAUGUUCCUCAGGAUUUUGCAUCUUAAUAUUAGACCUUCAACUCAUACAGCUAUAUUAAGGUGGCACCACCAUCCUAAUAUACAGCCUAUCCACGUCACAAUUUAUAAAGUUUCUUACAGUAUCUGGUGACCAUUGGGUACAGGACAAAAAUACUGUGUUAAUCCCAACAUGUAGUGUACUAUGCUAUUCUCCUGACGUGGUGUCCUCGGUUUAGUCUUUGAACCGGUUUACUGAAUACCUACUCACACUAAGCUCCUAUACUGGUGUAUUACUUCUAUCUCCUUUUCAAGUUUGGUUUAAUUUGCAGAAUAAUCUUUAACGAUCCCCUCUUUGUCAGACUUGCCUGCUGCAAUGCCAAUCUACCUCACAAUUCCACAUUCACUAAAUCACAAUGCUGCUAUGUCCCAUUACCAUGCCUUCACUGUAAUGUUUACCCCUUUUACUUAAAGAAUUUAUCUAAUUUCUAAAAUAAAGAUCAAUUUGUCUUCUACUUCAUUACACCUUAAGGAAUAUUCACAAAGUUGAGAAAUGUUAGGAAAUCUAAGUGAAUUUCAAAUUUUAGGCCACAAAAGCUAAAAUAUUAAAAUCCUCUAUGCUUCAAGUUCUGCUAAUUUUGUCUAAAAUUUAGAAUUGUAAAAAUACACCUGCAGCCUUGCUUUCCCUCCUCCUUUUCUUCUCUUCAUACUUGUUUAGUCUAAACACCUUUUCUACCCUUUGCUUGUUUCUUCCACAGACCAUAUCUCAAUCACUGUCCUCCUUCCCAUUAUCUCUCAUGUUCCUCUGUGUAACAAAUCUCUUGGUCCUGUUCAUUUGGUCACUUUGGUCUCAACUUUUUAAAACCAUCCUAUUCAUAAAACCCUUCCUUGACCUUCAAUAGUUAAUGGCUAACCCCAAAGGACACUUUGUGCAACUCAUGUGACUUCAGUACUGCCUCCCUUAACUGCAAUACAUUUCCAUGGGAAGAUGUUUUCUACUAUACUUGGUAUUUAGCUGGUUGGAAUAGACUAACUUCUGUCUUUGUUACAGGGGCAAAAAGAAUGAGAAGAAAAUGGUGGUGUACAAAGCUGCUAUGGUCGCAGAAGAAAAUACUUCUAAAGUAUGAAUUUCAACCCCCUCCAUGCCUUCUGAUGUAUAUUGUUCCAGAGGUGGAUUGGUUUCCCAGAUGGGACUAUAUAUACUUUCGGCUUAGACAUUCUGUGGCCAGGUUAGGACUAUGCAAACCACAAAAGGACAAUGAUCCAUAUAGUAAUCUUCUAAAUGUGUGGGCUUUAUGGUUUUUGUUUUAAAUCAUUGUUGCAGGAAUUAUUUUAAUCUAAAUGUUCAUAAUGUAUAUAGAGCUUUUUAUUUUAUAUCAGAUAUAUUGUUUUAUAUAUGCAAAUAAUGUGAAUUGUGUUUUUUCUUCCUUUUUGGGGAAACUGUUUCAGCGUCACUGAGCCUAGUCCUACCUUUUUAAUGGGUUGCCUGUUGUGUCCCAGAAGCUGAGCUUUGCAUUAUGCCACAAAUACUGCAUUCUGUGACCAUGGUAAAAUGACUGAAUUUGGUGCUACUCCUAAUUUAAUAAUUCAAAUGCAUUUACCGCUUUUUUUUUGGGGGGGGGGAGGGCUAGAAAUGUGUCUUCAAUUUAUCUAAAACACAUGUGCAUAUUUAUAUUUCUACAACCCAAAUAAUAUUAUAGGUAGAUAUAGUAUGAAUCAUAGCAUUUAGUCUGAAACCGCUUUCUAUAUCAAUUCAGUUCAUGACCAAACUGAAAUAAAGUGCUCGUAGUAAUGCCUCAAUUAAUCUGCCUUUAAACCUUCAGAUCUGUUAUUUAAAUUUUUUACCCACUACAUUACCUUUCUCUUUUACAUGUACCCCUCUCUAUCCCCCCCCCACCCCCUUAGGAAUUUUUAAAGAACUCCUCUUACUUUUAAAAUAUCUUUAAUGUCAUUAUUAAAUGUAUUUUAAGAUUGUUCAACUAGGGAUGUGCAUUCCCCAAUUACCACCAUGUGACAGACUAAAGGGACCCUGUAGUCACGAUCUCUUUGAAAUGAUUAUAGUGCCAGGGUACCCAGACUCUUUCUUUCCGUUUAGUGUUAAACCAUUUUAGAGCAGUUAACCCCUUAAGGACACAUAACAUGUGUGACCUGUCAUGAUUCCCUUUUAUUCCAGAAGUUUGGUCCUUAAGGGGUUAAAGGAAAACUAUAGAAAGGAACACAAACGUGUAUUCCUGACCCUACAGUGUUAAAACCACUAUUUAGGUGGGUUGCCUUUUCCCUUAGUCCACUUAAAACCUCAUAAAACUUACCAGCUUAAAGGGACACUCCAGGCACCCUGACCACUUCUGCCCAUUGGAGUGGUCUGGGUGCCAACUCCCACUACCCUUAACCCUGCAAGUGUAAUUAUUGCAGUUUUUAUAAACUGCAAUAAUUAAAUUGCAGGGUUAACUCCUCCUCUAGUGGCUUCUACUAGACAGCCACUAGAGGGUACUUCCUGCUUCAUAGCACAGGUUUUCUGUGCUAGAGUGUCGCUGGACGUCCUCAAGCGAUGUGAAGACCUCCAGCGUCGCUCAUUUUCCCCAUAGGAAAGCAUUGAAAGCAUUUUCAAUGCUUUCCUAUGGAGAGCUCUAAUGCGCAUGUGCGGCAUUACAGCUCAUGCACAUUAGGUCUCCUCAGCGGGUGGGGAUCAGUCUCCCCUGCUGGCUGACUUAAUGAAAACGAGGAGCGGUGGCGACCCGAAACCACCGCCGAGGGACAUCGGUGUGGGUCUCGGGUAAGUCACUGAAGGGGUUUUCACCCUAUCAGCAACUGGGUGGUGGGAGGGACAGGGGACCUGCAGUGCCAGGAAAACGGAUUGUUUUCCUGGCACUGGAGAAUCCCUUUAAGUCAGCUGAUACUCUUAACCAAAGCAGCACAGAUGGGGUGAACUGCUUGGCACUCUGUCAUUAAAAUCUGUUUUUAAUGCUGAAUGAAAUGAUGGUACCGGGGAUUCCAGACACUAGCCAGUUUUACUGAGAUGAAGCAGAUAGGGUCCCAUUAAGCUGGUUAGAAAUCAGGAACACAUUGCGCUACCUCAAUUAAAGAUGUUGGAUCAUUAAACUACACUUCACUCCUCAUUAGGAACAGAUGAAUAUUUAAGAUAAACUUUUAUAAUUGUGUAGGUAAGAGGCAGUGCUCUUAUGAGCUUGGAAGCCAUUUAUCAAGGCAUGGCUAGAUGUCAUUGCCAAGGAGAAAUGAAGGUCUUUGUGAUGGGAGUGGUAUUAACUUUAUCCAUUUUUCUUCUGUACAUUUCUGGAACGCGUGUGACCUUAAGUUACCAUAAAGUGCAGUAUUGUUAGGUGUGCCAUCUACUUUGGUGUCCAAGUUGUGACUUUUUAUGUUGUGUGCCUUGACUAUAUUGUUUUAAUUAAUGUUUAAACUGAUCUUAAAUGUGUAUUAAACAUGUUCAAAAACCAAAA